GACAGCAUGGAUGACAUCUACAAGGCUGCGGUAGAGCAGCUGACAGAAGAGCAGAAAAAUGAGUUCAAAGCAGCCUUUGACAUCUUCGUGCUGGGCGCUGAGGAUGGCUGCAUCAGUACCAAGGAACUGGGCAAGGUGAUGAGAAUGCUGGGCCAGAAUCCCACACCUGAGGAGCUGCAGGAGAUGAUUGAUGAGGUGGAUGAAGAUGGAAGUGGCACAGUGGACUUCGAGGAGUUCCUGGUCAUGAUGGUUCGGUGCAUGAAGGACGACAGUAAAGGGAAGUCUGAGGAGGAGCUGUCUGACCUCUUUCGCAUGUUUGACAAAAACGCUGAUGGCUACAUUGACCUGGACGAGCUGAAGGUGAUGCUUCAGGCUACUGGUGAGACCAUCACGGAGGACGACAUCGAGGAGCUCAUGAAGGAUGGCGACAAGAACAACGAUGGCCGCAUCGACUAUGACGAAUUCCUGGAGUUCAUGAAGGGGGUGGAGUAGAUGCCGAUCUUCGCCCAGAGCUGCGUGUGCCACCUUCCAACUUCACCUGGGCCCUGGGGUGGGGCAGGGGGCCAGGGUCCCCAGGAUGUGAUCCUGGGUGCAUCCUUGACCGAGGGCCCUCCCUGACUCCCUCCCUGACUCCCUCCCCAGCCCUGUCAUAGGGAAUGCAAAUAAAGCCCUGCUUCCUGGAGGCCUG